AUGUUUGCUGGAUUCCCUCGCGCAUUGAGUGACGUGAGUAUUUCUGUCGCUGAAAUUUUGCCCAACAAUGUUCUCACACCAUUUCCAGGUGGUGAAUGGAACACGUUCAAUCCAACAACAUCAUCGGCCAAUCCUGAAAAUCGUUUCGUUAAUGUUAAUGCCGUUUUUACCGAUUCUCACGAUAAUCUUUGGGUCGUCGAUGCAGGUGUGAUCGGAAACCGAACUAUUCGAAACAGUGCCAAACUUGUCAAGAUCAAUCUUCAAACAAAUACAGUCGAACGAGUUUAUUCUGUUUCAAGUCUCAAUCCACCUGAAGGAUUUGCUUUGAAUGAUGUACGAAUCGGUUCUCGUCGUGCAUUUCUAACUGAAUCUGGACUUGGUUCAGUGGUUAUCAUUAAUUUGGAAAAUGGUCAAGUACGUCGCGUUCUUCAUACACAUUCAUCAACAAAAUUCGCUGAUCCGACGGUUGUUCACAUGGAAGGACGAGUUGUUCUCGAUGAAAAGGGACAACCAAAACGAAUGCCAAACAACAAUCUUGAAUUGACACCCGACGAGAAAACACUUUUCUAUAAACCUUCAUUCGGUCACAACUAG